AUGUCCAGGGUCAUGCGAAGCGUCAAGAAUGUGACCAAGGGCUACUCCAGUACCCAGGUCAAGGUCCGAGAAGCCACGUCUAACUCGCCGUGGGGCCCGUCAGGGACGCAGAUGAGCGAAAUCGCGCAGAUGACAUUCAACACGUCGACCGAGUUCUACGACAUCAUGGACAUGCUCGACAAGCGCUUGAAUGACAAGGGUAAGAACUGGCGACACGUCCUCAAGGCCUUGAAGGUCUUGGAUUACUGCCUGCACGAGGGCUCGGAGCUGGUCGUCACCUGGUCUCGCCAAAGCAUUUAUAUCAUCAAGACGCUGCGCGAAUUUCAAUACAUCGACGAGGAUGGCCGAGACGUGGGCCAGAACGUGCGGGUUGCUGCCAAAGAACUUACGUCUUUGAUCGUCGACGAAGAACGACUUCGCGCCGAACGAAGCGACAGGCGAUCGUGGAAGUCUCGGCCGCGGCGACCCCGAGAAAGGCGGCCGAUGAAUGAGGAAGAGGAUGCCGAGUACCGAUUGGCCCUCGAAGCGAGCAAGCAUCAGGAAGAAGAAGACAGGAAAAAAAGAGAAAGCCGGCAAGACGACGAUGACGACGAUGAUUUGGCAAAGGCCAUCAAGCUCAGCAGGGAAGAAGAUGAGAGGAGGCGCCGGGAGUUGGAAGAAAGCAACGCAACGUCCCUCUUCGACGAUGGACCCGCCCAGAACCCCCAGCCACAGUUCACCGGCUUCAACCAGGGAUAUCAACAGGGCAACCCCGUUGACUUCUUCGCCAAUCCUAUUGACCAGAGCCAAAUGCAGCCGCAGCCCACUGGAUACCUCGGAAACGCCUACACCGGUUUCCAACAGCCCCAGCCAACCGGCUUUCAACCCAAUUACAAUGCCAACUUUGGCAUGGGAAUGGAUCCCUACGGCCAGCAGGGCAUGCAGCCAUUCCAGCCGCAACCGACCGGGUUCAAUCCCAAUAACCCCUGGGCCACCAACAAGCCUCAGCAGCAGCCCCUGAAGCCAACGCCCACCGGGUCCAACAACCCGUUUGCCCAGUUCAACCGGCCCGCCCAGCCUCAGCAACCGCAGCAGCUGCAGUCCCAGCAGCCGCAGCCUUUCAAUCCGCCGCAGAAGAACAUGAGCGAUUACGAGUCCAAGCUCAACUCCCUGCUUGCCACUGGUGACGGCAUGGAUACAUACGGCAAUACUGGCGAUCUCCGAAUCCCCGCCCAGCAUACCGCCCCCGGGACUUUCGCGAACAGUGCUGGAUCGGGCAUUCAGCGGCUCAACGCGGAUGCUACUGGCAACAACCCUUUUAUGAGGCAGCAGUUCACCGGCAUGCCAAGCAUCAGCUAUGGCGGCCAAGCUCCGAAUGCGACCGGCCCGGGCGGCAGCAAUCCCUUUGGGGCUCAGCGACCGCAGCAGCAGUCUCAAAACCAAGAUCUUAUCCAGUUCUGA